UUAAGGCGAAGCUCGGCGGGAGCAGCCGCCCUGGCAUCGCUGCCAGGCGGGAGAAGGUGCGCGCGCGCGCGCGCGGCCCCGAGACCCAGCGCCCCUCGGCACGGCUGGCAUCGGCGUCUCCUUGAGGACCUGGGGUGAGCUAGGCAUGGAACACACUAUUCCUUGCUUGAAAACACUGUUACAGGAAUUGACACCUGGGUAUCUUUCCUUAUCCCCAGGAUACUGGACUCAUUAGCAAAGGGGUUGACCCAUUAACUUGUCAAUGUUUCUUUCUAGGAUUGCUUGACUGCCAUGUUAGUGCUGCUUGCAUUUGGAGUGCUACUUCGGGAAAUCUUGGCCAGCAUUCAAGAUGAAAAUCUUGCUGAUGGCAGCAAUAUUCCGGAAGUGCCAUUGUAUCGCUAUGAAAACAUCAACUUUCCAGAAGAGCACAUCCCAUACUUUUUACAUAAUAACCAGCACAUUGCCACAGUCUGUAAGAAGGAUCCUCAUUGCCCAUAUAAAAAAUCCUUGAAGAAAUUAAAAUCCUGUUGGGGGUAUGAGAAAUCCUGUAAACCAGAAAAAAGAUUUGGGUAUCCAGUAUGUGAUUAUGCUGAGGCAGGCUGGGCUAGUACUCUUGAGGAGGCUCAGCAUAUGUUCUGGAAGCAAGCUGAUUUUGGUUAUGUUAAAGAGAGAAUGGAUGAAGUGAAGACUCAUUGCAGACCUAAGACUAUGGGAGAUUCAUCACUUGAAUGCUCUCGUUAUCUUCAACACUGCAGAGCAAGGAAUUUGUACAUUGAUUUAAGAAACCCAAAGAGAGACCAUGAUAGAUUUAAUGAAGACUUUUUCCAGAAGGGGCAAAUUGGAGGUCAUUGUAAUAUGGACGUUCAAGCUUUCCUUGCUGAAGGUCAGCGGAAGAGUCCUCUGCAGUCUUGGUUUGCUGAGCUCCAGAUGUAUACAGAACUGAACACCAGACCUCUGGAAGAUGGUAGUUGUGAUGUUGUUAUUGACAAGCCAACUUAUUUCAUGAAGUUUGAUGCAGGUGUUAAUAUGUAUCACCAUUUCUGUGACUUUGUCAAUCUUUACAUCACUCAACAUGUUAUCAACUCAUUCAGCACAGAUGUCAACAUUGUCAUGUGGGAUACUAGUUCCUAUGGAUAUGGAGACUUGUUCAGUGAAACUUGGAAGGCAUUUACAGACUAUGAAAUAAUACACUUGAAAUCGUAUGAUUCAAAAAGAGUAUGCUUCAAAGAAGCAGUUUUUACAUUAUUGCCUCGAAUGAGGUACGGCCUAUAUUAUAACACUCCACUGAUCUCUGGCUGCCACGGUACAGGAUUAUUUAGAGCCUUUUCCCAGCAUGUCUUACACAGAUUACAUGUCACCCAAGAAGGACCAAAGGACGGAAAAAUCAGAGUUACCAUACUUGCUCGAAGUACAGAAUACAGGAAGAUACUAAACCAGAAUGAGCUUGCCAGUGCUUUGAAAACCUUGUCAUUGUUUGAGGUCCAAAUAGUCAAUUACAAGUACAAGGAGCUUGAAUUUACAGAGCAGCUGAAAAUUACACACAAUACAGAUAUAUUCAUUGGAAUGCAUGGAGCAGGACUGACUCAUCUUCUCUUUCUGCCAGACUGGGCUGUCAUCUUUGAAUUAUACAACUGUGAAGAUGACCGCUGCUAUUUAGAUCUGGCACGACUGAGAGGUGUCCAUUACAUCACCUGGCAAAGGAAGGAUAAAGUAUUCCCCCAGGAUCAGGGGCAUCAUCCAACACUUGGAAAACACCCGAAGUUUACAAAUUACUCGUUUGAUGUGGAAGAAUUUGUCCGCUUGGUACUUUUGGCAGCUGAUCGUGUGUCACAACAUUCCAAAUGGCCAUUUAGGAGAAAACAACACGAUGAAUUCUAGUGAAACUGUUUCCGAAAGAAUGUGCUGGGGAUGGCAUCCUUGGGCGCUUCAGGGGCUUCCCUGGCCUAAAUAAUGGUGGCACUUGGGGAGGGGCUGUGAGUCUCAAUGGAGAGUCCUCCUUACAUGCUUUGCACAUGGUCUCAGAUUCAAUGUCUUGCAUCUCUAGUGAAAGGAUCUCGAGUAGAACUGUCAGAUAUGGAAUAUAGAUUCCAUAUCUAAUACUGGUUGUAAUGGAUUGUGAGCUAUGAAAUGCUUAUAUGUCUGUUACGAAGUCUGCAGGAUCAAGAACUUGCAUUUGCAGCCGUUCUUAAAACUUUCACUGAAUACAGCAAUUUUAGCCUAAAAUUUCCUAAGCCGUGCUUAAAAAUAGAAAGUGCAUGUGGGAAGUGUGUGUGCAAAAAAGCUGAAGUAACUUCUAGGAUGAAGAUCAAGAAUCCCCCUCCCCAGCCCUCUUCUGUGCCAUCCUGAUACAUAUGGUACAUGCUUAAACAUCUCAGUGCCGUCCUGGUGUUGCGAGAAAGGACGUGACUAUGAAAAGCAGAGGUGAACUGAGCUGAUGAGCCUGGCAAAAGGGCACCAAAACAUCAACAUUCCAAGCAAGAACAGGGUACACCAGCAUUUGGGAGGCCAAGGGGGAAGGCCUAAAGAAGUGAAGAAAGAGCAGAGAAGGGCCAGAGACAAUAAAAGCCAUGCAAAGGAGGAGGCCAGAGAUGGGCCAGGCAGAGUCCUACUUUCCAUCAUCCAUGGAGCAUUCCCCUUCAAGCAGCCUGUGCACUUUCCAUCUUCAUCAGAGCUCAAGUAGUCAACUUGCACAACAACCAGGUGUGGCCAACCUGAACUUUGGGUUGAGUGUGUGUGUGUGAAUGGGGGUAGCCUGGGAUGCGUAAGUAGUUUCAAUAAAGCUUUUUUUCAUUUUAAAAAACCUUGCCUGGGGCUCUCUGUCUGUUCACUGCUGGAUUUGAACCCACUGGCUCACAACUCUUGUCUAGGGUCUGAUCAGCCCUGGAGGAG